GUGUGGCAGUUCUACUCUGUCCUAUAGGGUCACUAUGAGUCAGAAUUGAUUCGAUGGCAAUAGGUUUGGUUUUUUGGUUUUAAUACUUUUUGAGUGAAUUUUGUGUAUGGCAUUAGGGUCAAGGUUCAUUUUUUUCCAUAUGGAAAUCUAGUAGUUAAGCACCAUUUGUUGAAAAGACUAUCCUUUUCCGUUGAAUUACCUUGGCAUUUUUGUUGAAAAGCAAGUGAACAUAUGUGUGGGUCUAUUUCUGGGCUCUCUACGGUGUUCCAUUGAGGUAUUUUUCUAUCUUACGCCAGUACCACGCUGUCUUGAUGACUGUAGCUUUAGAGUAAGUCUUAACAUUAGCUACUGUAAGUCCUCCAGCUUUGCUCUCCUUUGUCCAGAUUGUCUGGCUAUUCUAAGUCCUUUCCAUUUCUAUAUGAAUUUUAAAAUCAGCUUAUCAAUCUCUACAGAAAAAAAGCCUGAUGGAUUUUUUAUUGGGACCUAAAGAUCAAUAUGGGAAAAUUGUUACAUUAACAACACGGAGCCUUCCAUUCCAUGUACAUGGUAUAUCUUUCCAUUUACUUAGAUGAAGAAAAAACUCCAGAACAAAUCAUGCAAGAAGAGCAAAUCAAAGCUAAAAUUGAAGGCCUGGAAAAUGAAGUUGAAGAGGCGAAAACUGCUUUUGAAAUGAAAAAUCUUGCAUUAGACAGGAUGCAGCUUUCAGCUGCACUUAAAAAUAACCUGGAGAAAAUUGACACCAAGACUAGUUUGCUCAUGGAUGACAUGAAACACGUAUUAGAGCUAAAUAAAUUAAUAAUGACAUCACAGCAGGAAUCUUGGGACUUAGAGGAAAAACUACUUGAUAUUAGAAAGAAGAGAUUGCCAGAAUUAAAACAAGCUUCAGAAAGUAAGCUUUUAGAAAUACAAACUGAAAAGAACAAACAGAAAGAUGAUUUGGACAAUAUGGAAAAUUCAGACAAGAUAAAGGCCAUACGACAAAACCUACAGCGGGAGAUACAAAUUACUACAGUUAUUCAAAAUGUGUUCCAGAACCUCCUUUUGGGGAGUAAAGCCAACUGGGCGGAGAAUCCUGCCUUAAAGAAAACUGUUCUGCAGCUUGAGAAGAAUCUCACCAUGAUCUAAUAAGACUUCUAUUUUAGCAUUUUUUUAGAAUCAUUGAUAUGUCAUUUAAAUAGCAAAUUUCAAGUGAAAUUGAAAUGUAUUUUCAAUGUUUUUGGAAUUGUUCUGUACUGCAUCUUUUUUUUUUUUUUAAUCUUGAAUUAUCACUAUAACAUGGAACCUGUUGUUCUAAGGAUAAUUAAAGUGAAUGACAUACUCUAAAACGAAUCUGAAAAUUUUUGCCUUGUAAGAGUCCUGAAAGACGUCUGGUCCAGCUUUCCACUGAAUGUGGAAAUUUUUCCUACAGCAUUUCUUGCAGUCUCAACUCUUAUUUGGAAUACUUCUGUGCAUUUGUUUGUCAAGCAAAAAUAUUAGAAAAGCACAUUCAAAGUGUUAACAGUUGUGGUUAUUUGUGGUGGGAUUAUGA